UUAUUCAAAAAAUAGAAUAAUUCUUAUAUCUCUUGACUUCUAAGAGCUGGAAAGGAGACAUCUAGACACCUCCUUGCUUUGAGGAAUGGACAGAAGAAUCCCAUAACAAUCAUCUCCAUUAUCUUCUGCAAUGUCUUCUUCCAUCUGUUGCUAGGAAGACGUGGAUGCUGAAGUCAUUUCUUCAUCCAGGUAAUUGAGGUCAAGAAGUUGUAAGACCUUUUUCCAGAUCUGCUUUAGAAGAGUAUGAGCUAGAAUGCUCAAUUAAAGACUUAAGUUUUUGAGCCUUGAAGAGAGUAUUUGAUGUCGGUAGAGAUGAUUUAUCUUUACGAGUUCUUUCAUUCGUGAUUCUUCUGGCCUAAAAGGAAUGAGGCUUCAGGUGUUCUUGAUUAAACUUGCCCACCAAUGAACAUAAAUCGUUCUCUCUAGCUGAGGAACAUAGCUCCAAGCGUCAUCAUAAUCUUCAUCGAAAUCAUGGGACCAUUUCAGGAUCUAAGAGAGUUCAUAAAUCAUCAUGGAAAAUUUGCGAAGGAACCCAGCUGGGUUAGCUAUUUUCUGCAGCUUCAAGUUCGGAAGCAUAGGGAUGCUUGCAACGUGAAGUGGCUAAGGCUGCGAGGCGAAGACGUAGAGCUCAUACCCGAACAAGCUUUAGUUCCACUGAAACCUAAGGAUCUCCAGAUUGCUAAGAGCCUGGAGAACUACAGAGCAGAGCUGACAUUGAUGGUUGAGAGUGGGCAGAGAGCAGAGAUUGAAGCUCUGUAUUCUCAUGGUUAUGAUUACCUGGGCAAGUUCAUAGCAAGAAAGCCCAAAAUUAUCAUUGUAACUCGACACUUGUAGCCAUGUAAAGUGUAGGCUUUGGGUUGCAUUGUAGC